AUGACUCUUGUUCAACCAAAAUUUCAAAGUUUAUAUGAUAUUAUUGUAGACCACAGAUCAUCAUUGCCAAAGGACGACGCGUAUAAUUUAUAUCCCAUUUAUUCUUUUGUCAACAAUGAUUCAAUUACUCCUCAUUUGGCCUACUUGAAAUUGUGCAAUGACAGUUCUUCGCCAAAGACUCCAAGUUUUUUAUUUGAAAGUGCUAAAAAUGGGGACACUGUUGAUAGAUAUUCUUUUAUUGGAUUCAAUCCUAGAAAAAUUAUCAAAACUGGUGUUCCUGGGAAACCUGAAACCGAUAUAGAUCCAUUGAUUUUAUUAGAGAAAGAAUUAAACAAGUUCAAACAAGCUCAAUUACCUGGUUUGAAUAUGCCUAGUCUUAAUGGUGGUGCAGUUGGUUAUAUCAGUUACGAUUGUAUAAAAUACUUUGAGCCAAAAACCAAAAGAGAUUUUUUAGCAGACAAUUUGAAAUUGCCAGAAUCUAUUAUAAUGUUAUUUGACAUUGUUGUUGCUUUUGACAAUCUCUUUCAAAGAUUCCAAAUAAUUAAUAACAUUCAAAUCAAUUCAGAAGAUGAUAAAAACACUAUAAAUUUAAAGUAUCUUCAAGCUUCAAAGGAAAUCCAGAAGAUUGAAAAAAAAUUAUCAGACACGUCAAAGCUAAUUCCAUAUCCUUAUCAACCCCAGGUCAUCUUGAAUCAGCCUUUUGUUUCCAAUAUUGGUCAAGAAGGCUACGAAAACCAUGUUAAAAUCCUUAAAGAUCAUAUUUUGAAAGGAGAUAUAAUCCAGGCUGUUCCUUCUCAAAGAAUUUCGAGACCAACAUCUUUGCAUCCCUUUAAUAUUUAUAGGCACUUAAGAACUGUCAAUCCCUCUCCUUAUUUAUUUUAUAUUGAUUAUGUUGAUUUUCAGAUUGUUGGUGCUUCUCCUGAAUUGUUGGUCAAAUCUAAUAGUAAAAAUAAAGUUGUCACUCAUCCAAUUGCUGGAACAAUUAAAAGAGGGACAACUAAGGAAGAAGAUGAUGAUCUUGCAAAUAUUUUAAAAACCUCUUUAAAAGAUAGAGCCGAACACAUCAUGUUGGUCGAUUUGGCAAGAAAUGAUAUCAACAGAAUUUGCGAUCCAUUAACUACUAACGUCGAUAGGUUGCUAACAAUUGAAAGGUUUUCUCAUGUUAUGCAUCUUGUCUCAGAAGUUUCUGGAACUCUUAGACAAGAUAAAACUAGAUUCGAUGCUUUCAGAUCUAUAUUUCCUGCAGGAACAGUCAGUGGUGCUCCCAAAAUCAAAGCUAUGGAACUCAUCAGCGAGCUUGAGAGAGAAAAAAGAGGUGUUUAUGCUGGGGCUGUUGGAAAUUGGGGCUACGAUGGGAAGACAAUGAAUACCUGUAUAGCCUUGAGAACAAUGGUUAUCAAGAAUGGUGUUGCUUAUCUUCAAGCUGGUGGUGGUAUUGUUUUUGAUUCUGAUCCUUAUGAUGAAUAUAUUGAAACAAUGAAUAAAAUGAAAGCUAAUAAUAAUACAAUUGUGGAAGCAGAAGAAAUUUGGAUAGAAAGACUAAAAGAUGAAAAUUACAAUAGUGAUUCUUGA